AUGGAAGCUUUGAACAAGAAUGAAACUUGGGAUUUAGUCCCUUUACCAAGAGGGAAGAAAGCUACCUAUGUAGCGGAUUAUUUGGAGACCUUUUCUCCAAUAGCAAAGCUCAAUACUGUGUGUGUGCUUUUGUCCCUGGCUGCUAGUCAUGACUGGCCCUUGUUACAGUUUGAUGUAAAUAAUGCGUUCCUACAUGGUGACCUCAAGGAAGAAAUAUAUAUGGAUCUUCCUCCUAGUAUUCCUAUGACUUCCAAGGAGAGUGUUGCACGUAACCUUAAAAAGCAAAAAGUGGUGUCUCGGUCUAGUGCCGAAGCCGAGUAUCAUGGGAUGGCUCAAGGUGUGUGCGAGUUACUAUGGUUAAGGAAAUUGUUGGGAGGUCUUGGGUGUGCACCCCAGAAACCCAUGGAUUUGUAUUAUGAUAACAAAGCUGCCAUUGCGAUUGCUCAUAACCAUGUGCAACAUGAUCGUACAAAGCACGUGGAGGUUGAUUGA